GGGCACAGUGAUGCGAAACGUGUCCACGUGAGGUGAGCGAAGGCGAAGAAGUGGAACCUAAAAACAAAAGAUGACAGAAUAAUAAAAGAAAGGGCUAUUUACAACAACAACAAAAUAAUAACUUUGCUACAGCCCCAUGCAACGUAUUCUCUACAGCGUGGAAGAACAGGCUUUUCAGGUGACCAUUUUUAUGCCCGUCAAUGAAGAGGAAUAGGUGCUUUUUAAAUUCACCUUUCUAUCUUCUGGAUUUUGGAUUGUGACAAGUGCCAGGACAGGACAGGGGCGUCCAGAACCAGAAGUACCGAAAAGGAACUUCGGGGAGUGUUCACCUAUAGCCUGCCUUUAAACGGUAGGGGAUAGGGUCUUCUCACCGCCCACCCACCUGACGGAACAUUCGCGUCUGCUUUGUCCCAAACCCCGGAGCCAAGACGUUGCUGCGCAGAGAGCCGUGUGGCCCCAGACCCAGCACCGGAGCCCGCGUGGGAAGGUCGGUCCUCGGUGUCCUCCAGACAGGCGGGAUGAUGGUCCACUGCGCCGGGUGCGACAGGCCCAUCCUGGACCGGUUCCUGCUUAACGUGUUGGACCAAGCCUGGCACGCCAAAUGCGUCCAGUGCUGCGAGUGCAACUGUAAUCUGACAGAGAAGUGCUUCUCCCGGGAUGGGAAACUCUAUUGUAAAAUGGACUUUUUCAGGAGGUUUGGGACGAAGUGCGCAGGAUGCCUCCAAGGCAUCUCUCCCAGUGAUCUGGUGCGCAAGGCGCGCAGCAAGGUGUUCCAUCUCAACUGCUUCACGUGCAUGGUGUGCAACAAGCAGCUGUCCACCGGCGAGGAACUCUAUGUUAUCGACGAAAAUAAAUUUGUUUGUAAAGAAGACUACCUGAGCUCAGGGGCGAUCAAGGAAGUCAACUUGAAUUCAGUGUCAUCAUGCACAGACAGAAGUUUAUCGCCGGACCUCCAGGACCCGAUGCAGGACGACACAAAAGAGACGGACAAUUCCACAUGCUCAGAUAAGGACACGAACAAUAACGAGAAUGAGGAGCAGAGUUCGGGUACGAAGCGGCGAGGUCCGCGAACCACCAUCAAAGCCAAGCAGCUGGAAACGCUGAAGGCUGCCUUCGUGGCCACGCCGAAACCCACCCGACACAUCCGAGAACAGUUGGCCCAGGAGACGGGACUCAACAUGCGGGUUAUACAGGUGUGGUUCCAGAACCGUCGGUCUAAGGAGCGGAGGAUGAAGCAGCUGAGUGCUCUGGGGGCCCGGCGGCACGCCUUCUUCAGAGGGCCCAGGAGGAUGAGGUCCAUGGGGGGACGACUGGAGGACCCAGACAUACUGGGGCCUGGGGCCUACGGAUACUACACAGAGUACCAGGGCGACUACUACGGAGGGGGAAACUAUGAAUUCUUCCCCCACGGCCCUCCCUCCUCUCAGGCUCAGUCUCCAGCAGAAUCCCCCUACAUCCAUGGAGGGACCAUGGAUGGCUCUGUGUCAGCCCACCACCCCUCUGACGACCAGAGGUUCACGGACAUGAUCUCCCACGCAGAUACCCCCAGCCCAGAGCCCGGCCUGCCCAGCUCCCUGCAUCCUGUCCCUGGUGAGGCAUACGGAGGGGGGCCCAGCCCACCAUUCUCCCUGGCUAGUAACUCCAGCUACAGCGCCCCCAUGUCCCACCCUGGACAGGAGAUGGGAGAGACCACCGUCUGGUAGACUAGAGCCUGGGUCUGGGUCUGGGAAAGGGAUGAGGGUUUCGUUGGGGGGAGGGUGAACUUCCCAUUUUAGAUUUCAAUCUACACGAGAGAUGAAUUUGAAGACAUUAUGAAUAAGUAGUUAUGAAUUAAAAAUGGCGUUUAUGUAUUUGUUAAUGGGGAUUUUUCUAUUCACGGAUUGGUAUUUUUGAAUUGACUUGCUGAAUUGAUGGAGUUGAAAUGGAAUUGUUCCCCCCGACUCUUAUCCUUCACGUGAAGGACUGAGGAUGGAAGAUGGGGUGGCUUUGCUGGACACAUCUGAAGUUUGUUGUACUAUUCGCUGGCCUAUUCGGCCCGGUUAGUAGAAAUACACUCCCACCCACCUCUGGGAAAAAUAAACUGGGAUUGGAGAAAGAAAGACAUUCAGCGGUUCCUCUUGCCCCAGUAUCACUCCCCCCUCCCCCCUCCCACUAAGGACACGUGAUAUUGCAGAGAGAGAUAAAGAAAGAAUACAAGCCAAAAGGGACGCUUUAUGUAUUUUAUUUUUUGGUUUCAAAACUGUCUUGGUUUUUUAUUCUAGCCUACUGUUUCUUAAAGGCACAGUGUUGUAGGCCUAACUGGUCAGUUCCUCUUCUGCAUAACAGAUGUUUUACUGGUACAUCAGUCUCCUAUUGUAAUAUUGCUUCCAAUACAAUGUUCAAAUACAGACAAAUACACUU